AUGUUAGAAGGAAUCCACACCUUCAAAUUACCCCCUAAAAGAAUAACAAGCUUGGCAAUUUAUAGUGUGCGGUUCGCCGACAGCGCUGAUGACAACGAUAAACUGGGAGGAGGCACAGAGAAGUACAAGACAAAAAUAGCCAUCAACUCCAAUGGUUCCUGCAAGUGGAUGGCGCCAGCAAUCUUUCAGAGCACAUGUGACAUCAACACUGAAUUCUUUCCAUUUGAUGACCAGAUCUGCACACUGAAGUUCGGAUCGUGGGCUUUUGAUGGAAGCGAGGUGGAUAUAGUCGUGGAUGAGUCGGAGACUGGGGCCAAAGGAGACAUAUAUAAAAAUAAUACCGAAUGGGAGUUGGCUAAUGUAACAGCUGUCAGAAUAGAGGACAAAUACAGCUGCUGUAUCCACCCGUACCCAAGCGUGAUAAUCACACUCCAUUUAAGAAGGCGUUACUAUUUCUACAUGGUGAACCUUGUGGUACCGUGUUCUCUUAUCGCAAUGAUGGUCCUUCUCUCCUUUAUCUUACCGCCGGAAUCUGGGGAGAGGAUUGGACUGGGCAUCACCGUGUUGAUGGCUAUGGCUAUUUUUCAGGAGCUAACCUCGAAUAAACUGCCUGCGGAUUCUCAGUACAUUCCGUUGCUAGCUAAAUACUACUCCAGUGCCAUAACAGAGAUUGGACUGGCUCUGUUUGCCACCUGUGUCAUUUUGAACUUUUACUACCGGCGCUCUGUCAUGCCCAGGUGGCUUAGGAGACUUAUGUUCAAUGUUCUGGGACCGUUAGUCAGGAUAAAGUAUGAACCCAUUGGCAAGACAAAGAAGAAGAGCCGAAAAAGUUUCAUCAUAGAAGAAAACAGCGAUUUAGCACAACUUUCCGAGAAUUCCUACUCAGCGCCUUGCGAAAUGAGAAAGAUGAGUAUCAUCAACGAAACGAAAUGCGAAGGAAAUGGUUGCUGCAGUGAUGCUGGUCAGACGUCGCUCUUACAGCGCACGCGUUCUAGAACACAAAGCAGUGUUCGCGAGACUCCUAUUUUGAAUGAUCACGUGGAACAUAAGCAGCAGGGAAAGUAUGUGUCCGAGCCAGUGGAUGACCUGCAUACCGAAGAGAUGAUAAAAAUGAACAAUCACAUGGAUUGGCAAAUGGCCGCCAAGAUCCUGGACCGAGUGGUGCUACUAGUCGGGAUUUUAAUCAGCUUUGCAACUUUCCUCGCGAUUUUCCUGCAGGCGCCGCGAGUACGAGAAAUGUUUGUGUCGUGAACGGAAAGAAAUGUGAAGGAAAUGUUUGCUGUAGUGAUGCAGGCCAACCGUCGUUCAUACAGUACACGCAAAGCACUGUUCUCGAGACUCCCUGAUUUUGAAGGUGGUCGCAGAAACACCGACAAAAAAAACAAAGAAGCACCCAUUCCGCCAUGCCCCUUACACCAUCGAGGAGUAAAUUGAGCACCUUUCGUUUACGUUUCCUUCAGAAGUUAGAGAUCCUUCGCUCCUCGGACAACUAACUUCUUUCGGCCGAGAGAGAAAUCUGCGAUUCGAACAGAAUGAUGACGAAGCCCUAAAGACAACAGUGUAACGUCCAGCCUCAAUACCAGGCUCUCUCUUCUUUGCCCCUCUUGAAGAGAGAGCCUGAGAUCUAGGCAUUAUAAUUUAUGUCUCAUUUUAGUUGCUAUUCUUAUCAAACAUUUUAGGAGCACUAUUUUGUCGUCAUUAUUAAAUGUUUCAGCUCGAAUUUCAGAGAAAGUGCAGAUAGUAGAACGCCGAAAGAGAUCCGUCUGCUUUCUCAGGCUUUAGUCUCGCCUGGGCCUGAUCAAAUUGAACUUGUCUGUUGACUUUAGUUUCAAAGAGCGGAACUACAAUGUAUUACAAUUUUUAGUAAUUAGAACAUGCUAAAUCUAUUGUUUAGACAAAAACUGAAAUUAAUGCCGCGGAGGUUGCUCUCCACACUGAAACACCUGCGAAAAUCGUUGUUUGAGUACCGGAAGUCCGACCAAACGUCUAUCUCGGCCGGAAUUCCUGUACGGUCUUCAGUCUGAAUGAUUGAGCCCGCGAUUUUAGGCCUAGAUGUUGCUAGGUAACAGAAUACAUCAUGAUGGAUCCUCAGUUUCGCAUUAUUCGUGUAAAUGAUUAUUUAAAUUCGACGAAACGUGAUCGGAAAAUUGUGGAAAUUCUGUUCUUUUUUUCCGAUCGAGGAUUGUUUUUUUCCUGUAAAGAAUCAGACGUAUAAGUGGCAUAUCUUGUAAACAUUGCUUCGACCCUGAUUUAUACCACUUCAUCAGAAUCCAAUCCCAGCGAAACUCUGUGUCAUAAUGGCACAGUCAUAAUGCUGGUAAAAUAACUAGAAAUCAGAUUUAAGCUAUCUGUCUAUUUUCUUUACUAAUUUUCUACAAUCGCUGCUUCCUCAGUAUAAGCUUAGCAAAACCAAGCUUAAACUGUGGACUUGGAUGAUGCACGUUUUCAACCGUUUGACACGUGGUAGUUGUUUUCCCAUUUUUGACACCCAUUUCGUUUUUCAGCGCUUGGGACACGUUACAUGUUUUCUUGAGCUUGUCACCCAUCACAUGUGUUUACUUAGAAUUCCUGUGGCCUCCUCUGGGAUCUUAAGAAGACUAAAGUCGCCCAAAGUUACCUUAAGUUGCUUUUAAGAGGUUAUUGGUUACGCAAUGUUAGAAGGAAUCCACACCUUCAAAUUACCCCCUAAAAGAAUAACAAGCUUGGCAAUUUAUAGGUGAACUCCACUCCAUCCGUAAGCUAAGGACCAGUGGAGGAGGCAUGGCAGUCCAAUGGUGGAUGCAUUUAACUCUGGGUUAAGCAGUCUAGUUUUGAUCCCUAGCGGAGAUCAUUGCAUUUUGUCCUUGGGGGGGGUAUAGUAGCAGUAGUAGACUAAUAGUACUCUCACAGUGGCUCUCCUCACCCAGAUGUAUAUAUGAAUACUGGUUAGUGGUAAGAGGUAACCCAGUAAUGGACUAAGAGUUGAUAGGACACUGUUUGUUAUUAAAAGGAAACGUGUUACAUGGUUGAUUUCAGGAAAAAGAGAUAAAAAAGCGACUGUAAUGCUAUAAUUUUAUUCAUUACUUUUUGUGAGAUAUUUCUGAAUCAAAUUAUAGAUGCGAACGGAGACUAA